UUCCAGGCGGUGCGACGCCGGAGCCGGCGAAAUGGCGGCACUUAGGUUAAGCGCCGUGCUGCAUGGAAUACGAAGGGGCAGAAGUUUUAGCAGUACUGCUGUUCUCUGUAAGCUGGGAGUACCUCUGGGACCAAUGCCUAAUGAAGAUAUUGAUGUCAGUAACUUGGAGGCAUUGGAAAAGUACCGCGUCUUCACUCGCUACUUCAAGGUAGCAGAAAAAGAGAAUAAGAAGCCUCACUGGUGGCCAACCUACAAGAAACACAUCACUGCUCAGCAAGUGGAAGAGGCAAAGAUAGACAUUGGCCUAACUUCUCAUACGCCAUCACGGAGAAAAGAACUUAAGAACAGAAAAGCUAUACUGAAACAAAAUUACAACAGUGUGGAACUGGAAAGUGCAUCCCGUCUCAGGACACUGUUGGUUCCACUUGAUGAUGUCAAAGCUGAAUGGGAGAAAAUAAGUGGCCCAUAUCACAGGCAACGAGUAGCAGAACACUAUGGACUAUACCGGGACUUGUUUGAUGAUGCCACAUUUGUUCCCCGAGUUCUUCUAAGAGUGGAAUACAACCAGGAUGAGGAACACAUUAUGCCAGUUUAUCAUGGGAAUGUCGUCACACCCACAGAGGCGUUUAAUCCUCCCAAAGUCUCAUUUGAAGCAGCUGAAGGAUCUUUAUGGACCCUGCUUCUCACUAACCUGGAUGGGCACCUGCGUGAUACAGAUAUGGAGUACAUCCACUGGUUGGUGACAAACAUUCCAGGCAACCAAAUAGAGGCAGGCAAUGAGAUUUGCCACUACUUCCCUGCAUUCCCUGCCAAAGGAACUGGAUACCAUCGCUAUGUUUUCCUUCUCUUCAAACAACUCCAGCCCAUUGAUUUCACUGAAGAUGUGCGGCCAACACCAUGCCACAGCCUCAAGAUGAGAACUUUCAAAACAUUUGACUUCUACAAGAAACAUCAGAAUCACAUGACGCCAGCAGGGCUGGCAUUUUUCCAGUGCCAGUGGGAUGAUUCUGUUACACGGGUCUUUCACCAGCUUCUCAACAUGAAGGAGCCAGUGUUUGACUUCGUGCGGCCCCCCAAAUAUCACCCCAAACAGAAGAAGUUCCCACACCGCCAGCCUCUAAGGUAUCUUGACAGGUACAGGGACAGCGAUGAGCCCACUUAUGGCAUUUACUGAGGUGCCUGACAUUUGCCUUCUCAAGGAGACCCUAAACAGAGCAGCCACUGUGCAACAAAGAGUCCUUCUGAAGAACAGUUCAUGUGUCGGAACAGGAAAUUGAAGUGUAAGAGCCACAGUUGGAUUUAAUUUAAAUCAUCACUCUUACCUACCACUUAGAAGAAAAUGUUAGAAGAUGUGUGAAAGUGUUAUGAAUGGAUCCAUCCUUGCAGUGAAGAAACAGCCUAGCUGUGCCAACAUGUCUAGGACUAUUUAGAAGUUGAGCUCCCCCUCUGCUUUCUCAGGAGCCAAAUUGUUCCAAGCAAGGCAAUUUGUUUUGUUGCUAAACCAUUGCACCAUCUCAGCAAACUACUCUCACCUGAAUUGGAUUGGAUAAUAUAUAAAAUGUUGCCAAGCAUUCAUUUGCUACUGAAUGCUGGACUGUGUUUUUUCCGCAAUCUUUAAUGUAUGAAUAAACAUGCUUUUAAAAUCA